AAGAUGCACUGGUCACCAGAGCAUGCCCAGUCCCUGAACCAGUGGCCGGAGCAGCACCUGGACGUGUCCUCCACGACCUCCUCGCCAGCCCACAAGUCCGACCUGUACCCCAGCACUCGCCAGCGCUUCAACUACGCCUGGGCCAACGAUGACAUCUCGGCUCUCACGGCCUCCAACCUCCUCAAGAGGUACGCCGAGAAGUACUCGGGGGUGCUGGACACGCCCUACGAGCGCCCCGCGCUCGGCGGAUACGGGGACGGCGCCUUCGGCCCCGUGAACGGGCAGAAGGGGGACGGAGAGCCCUGGCCGGGGGCGCACGGCUCUGACGGCGCCUUCCCCCUGACCCCCAUCCACGAUGGGCUGGCCGGUGCCAAGGGCGUGGUGCCACCGGCCGUCCCUGCCGGCGGCGGGGCCAUCGGGCUGGGCGGUUCCCCGGUGGUGUCGGCCAACCUCAGCGAGCCCGUGUACCCCGGGAAUUCCUGCGGGGCUGCUGCUGCCGGCUCCGGGGGCCUCGGGGCAUCUCAGGAGUACCCCUCAGGCUAUGGUGGCACCUACUUGCCCUCCAGCUACUGCACCCAGCCCUCGGCGGCGCUGCCCCCUCCUCACCCUCCUGCCCUGCACAGCUCGGGGCUCCUGCAGCCCCCGCACCCCUCGCCCGCGCUGGUGCCGGGCUACGGCUCCUCGGGGCCCAUGUACAACUAUGCCAGCGGCAGCUACCCACCGCAGCCGGGCUACGGGGGCAUCCACCCGCCUCACCCCUCUGCCUCCUACCUGCCCUCCGGCAUCGCCGCGCCCACCCCCAUCCCGGCCCCGCCGCCCACCGCCCGCCCGCCAGGGGUGCCCGGUUACGGCUACCAAGGUGCCGGGUUGGGCCCCCUGGCCGUGCCGCCGCUGGGCACCGAGGCGGCGGGCACGCUGAAGAGGAAGGCGUUCGACAUCGGCGGGGAGGAUGAUGGGGAGGGCAGGUACAGGAAAUACAGCUACGAGCAGCCAAAGUCUCCCUACCCCCUGUCGGACAGCGGCGAGUGCCGGGGCAACGGCUUCGGCAGCAGCGGCGAGUCCCCCCAGGUGGCCUUCAAACCUGGGAAGAGGCCGGCGGGCGCCGGGACCACCGAAGAACACACGGGCAAGUACGGCGGGCAGCAGAUGAAGGGGAUGGUGUCGCCGUCCUACGGCGCCAGGGACGCGCCCCUGCGGCCAGCGGAGCCCUUCGAGAAGUUCAGCCCUCCCAUGGCCAACGGCGAGCGCACGGCCGAGCCGGGAGCCGCGUUCCCCCUGCGGUUGCCCCCCAAAGCUCUGGGGUUCGGCGGCGCCGCGCUGGAGGAGCAGCCCAAGAACGUCGACCCGCUGGUCCUGGAGCUGGUGAACACCAAGGUGGUGGAGCGGGGCCCGCCGGUGCAGUGGUCGGACAUCGCCGGGCAGGCGUCGGUGAAGGCGGCCAUCGAGGAGGAGCUGCUGUGGCCCAUCCUGAGACCCGGCUCCUACAGCGGCACGAGCCACCCGCUGCGGACCCUGCUGCUCUUCGGGCCCCGCGGCACAGGGAAGACUCUGCUGAGCCGCUGCAUCUCCACCCAGCUGGGCUCCACGCUGCUGAGGCUCAGCGGCACCGCCCUGCUGUCCACCUGGAAGGCCGAAGCCGAGAAGAUCCUCCAGACCGUGUUCUUCGUGGCCAACUGCCGGCAGCCCUCCGUGGUGCUCAUCACCGAGGCCGAAUCCUUGCUGGCGGCGCGGGCGGGCGAGGACGGCGGCCAGGUGAGCAACCUCAAAUCCCAGCUCCUCUCCUACCUGGACAACGUGGCUACCUCAUCCGAGCAGAACGUGGUGGUCAUCGGCACCACGGCGCGGCCGGGCAGCAUCGACGAGGCGUCGCACCGGCGUUUCGGCACGCGGCUGUACAUCGCUCCGCCCGACGGCGCCGCUCGGCGCCACAUCCUGCGCCAGGCGCUGGCCCAGCAGAGCUGCUGCCUGAGCGAGCGGGAGCUGGCGGCGCUGGCGCAACGCACCGAGAGCUUCUCCGGCGCCGAGCUCCUGCGGCUCUGCCAGCACGCCGGGGCCGCGCGCCGAGCCCUGCCGGGACCCCCGACCUCCUACCAGGAGCUGGAAAAAGCGUUCUGCAAAGUUCGCCCCGCCGCGUCCCAAAAGGAGCUGGACUUGUUCCUGGAGUGGGAUAAGAUGUACGGAACCAGGCACUGA